AUUAAUUGAAAAUACGGACUGGCUUCCCAGAUUUGUUGCCUUUUUGAUCGCUUUCAAACCGCUAAAGUGACUGAUGUACUGCAGACAUUGUUAUUGCCGCUAAUGGAUCUAGAACAUCGCGGCUGAAAAUAUCAAUUUGCUUUAUGAACAUUAUGGCUUUCCUUCCAACGUUUAACUUUCAGUUAUCACAUAAAAUCGUCUGUUAUUUCUAAUGGUAUACAUAAGCCACUACCGAGGAGACAGCGUUAGUGUUUGAUAUUAUCGUUCGAUUAUUUUCCAUCUAGUUUUGAAAGUGCUUACGCGUUACAUGGGCGGCAAAAUGGAAGCUGGAACUUAACUUAAUUUAAAUGUGAAGAGAAUGUUUCAGCGAGCGGAGAUAUCCAGUUGUUAUGAAAUUCGAAUAUCACCGCGCGUACUAUUAGUGCAGGAUCCAUUAUUUAUAGGUGCUCUGUUUCUUUGCAUUUCUGGAUAAUAUUACGAUGUAUCAAUUACGGCAUCAUAUUUUCAUUUGUUGAUGCUCUAUGGGGGUUUAUGAAGAGACUGGUUGAGAUAAUAGAUUCAUAGGGACCAGUGCCGAUCGGAGUCUUUAAAUAAUCAAGUACAGGUGCUCGGCUUAGAUUUGUUUAUAUUUCUAUCAUGUACUCCAAGCGUUCGCACUUAAUGUACAGGUAGAGGCUAUACGAACAUACGGCAUUUUCUUGCUGACAUUAGUUUUCGCCGACUGUGUACUCGAAGACAACAACAUGUAUGUAGCUUCUGCAUGUGAGCUCGGAGGCAGCAGAGCAGUACUGGAAUCUCAUUGUUCUUUGCAUUAAGCCUCUGUUGUCACAGAAAUGAACGGGAAACAUAAUUAUCUCUACAGAUGGGACCGCUUACUAAGUGUGAAAGCAGGACAAGAAUUGGAGAUUUUCGCAAGAUUUGGUUUUCUGUAACUCCGUUUUUUGCUGUGUAAAUUUCAAAGUAGCACAGAGGUGUAAUCUUGUUUAUUGUUUUAUUUUAGAAAUAACGUAAACAAAGAAGGGCAAAUAUGUGUUUCAAACUUAUCAACGAUUGUUGCGGGAAUAUGAAUAAAAGUGAGAGAGCUGCUUUUGAAAAAAAGCUGAUGUUUGGAUUUACGGCAUUGACGAUUUUGGGAUUUUUGAUGGAGAUUAUCGCUGUGAGCACGGACUCGUGGCUGCUGUUCUAUAUUGAAGGUGGUCUGUAUCAGAAUGCAACCUCCAAGUAUAUUCACAGGGUGUAUAGUGGACUAUGGAGAAUCUGCAAGGUUACUCGGACCAAAAAUGACGACCCUUCAACAGAAGCAACCAAGUGUGACUACCACAAUUUCUUCCCAACGACCAAGGAGAUUAUAUAUGACAAGUCUAUUGAUCAGCAGAUUUUAGACUACAUGCGCACCGGGUGCGCGUUCAGCAUUAUCAGCAUGACAUUGAUGUUCCUCGUGCACCUGUUCGCCGUGUAUACCAUCAGGAGGCCACGCUACACAAUCAAACGAUUGACAGCCCUCCUACACUUCAUGACAGCUGCUUGUAUCGUGGUCAUGAACGAAGUCUUCAUCCGCACAACCGAGUAUGCAGACGAGCAUUUGCCGGCGAGAAUCCCGAGGAAGGCGGAGCACGACUACGGGUACUCAUUUGUCCUAUCCUGGAUCGUCUUCGUGUUCUAUCUCUGCGCCGGUGUCGUCUUCCUAUUCCUCUCACAGAAGAGGAAAGCGAAAAUGGCGGAUUCAGACGACGAUCUAGCAGUAGAGGAUGAACCGGUCAGGUUGCGUCGUUAGUUAUGUAGAUGGAUACUCUAGCGAAGUGAACGCUCGAAAACGGUGGCUUUGGUCACGUGACAAUGUAACAGAAAACCAGCAAGUUGUCUGGAAAAGGCAUAUAAUUAGUGUUGUCAUGUAUUGCUACAUUGCAAAUAAUGAAAUUUCUGUGCUCAAACACAAUUGAAAUACUAUGGAAAUACCAACACGAUAUAACAUAUUUAUUUGUAUGUGAUCAACGUUCGUCUCGUCUUUUUCUAUUCUAAUGUGAGCCGAGUAUUCACGGGCUGUUUUAGGGAAUUAUUAAUAUAGAAAUGACAACCAUUGUAAAUUGAAAUAAUGAUUAAUAAGUGUAAAACGGCAUGGAGUUGAUGGAUGAAGAAAGGCAUAAAGUUAAUUCAUUGGGCAGGAGCAUACAAUUUCUGUAGACAGCGUUGCACUGAUAAUAGAAAAAUUCCCCUUUAGAACUGACAAUAUUGAAUGUUUUAAUACCAACCUGUCCCAUGAAAAGUUUGAUGGUUGUAAUAUUCAUGCUGGGCAUAUGACGUCGAAAACAAUGCAAAUUUCAGCAUGUUGCUCAAGAAAUCCAAGCAUCUCAACAUUAGAGCGAUGACUGUUUUAACAGUGCCAAAUACAUAUUGAUUCCACAGUACUGGAACGGGCGUAGACAUUUCCCUUUGUUAAACUGUGCUUAUUAUUUACCCUUUCGUUCAACAGUGUGAUUAAACAACACCUUUUUACUUAUUGCACUUUUAACUAUUUUUUAUGCAAUAAAUGUGUAUAUGUAUGUAGGGUGAUCCUCCUGAUAUUCAUUGAAUAACGUUUUGUGCACCCAAUUUCCUUUCCGACUUGUUCAAAGAAACGAUUUCCCAAAGUCAGCUAUAUCGACCAGAUAUUUCACGAUUUAAACAUAUAUGUUCAAAGGAAAACUAGACUCGAUUACAUACAUACAUACUCGAUUACUGUUUCUAUUUACAUAAGAGUAGUUGCAGGCCGGCACUAGUUUUGCUGCAACGUUUACGUUUGGACUUCUUUUUGUGCACUACGUCAUCCAGAAAAGGGGAGAAUAUAUUUGUUUAUUAAAACACGAGAUAUGAGAUUUUAAUGCAAUCUCAGCGAGUCUACAAUUAAAAGUUGUUCGCUAAGUUUGCAAACGAAUUUGAGAAAACUGAUAAUUUACUACAGAUAAAUAAUUUAUGAAAAUAGUCAUUGUAUUUCAUUGCUUAAAUUUAUCAAAACAGCCUUCUGCGUUUCAUUUUUAGCUCUACUGGCCCUUUUGGGCCUCUUGUUCAGAAAUGUCCCCCUAAUAAAGUAUAGUUGAGUGCGUUUUGUAAGCUUUUCUGUUCAGUAGUAUUUUAAUGUUACCAUUCAGAUGUUACUUGUUUGUGUAAUCAAAAUCCUUACUUAAACGAUUACUUAUCCAUUUGUUUUUGUUUAUUAUCUGUUAUGUAAUUUAAUGUAUUUUAUGCUUUAAACUUACACUUGUGUUUACUGCCUCCAUGUCAUGUUGUACAUAAACCACAUUGAUUACAAUUAUUCCCGCUGACCCACACUUUUCUAGGGUUUAUAUUGUUUAUACGUUAUACACACUUUUUCUUAUAUUAAUAAAAUGAUAAAAAGUG